AUGGAAGUGAACAAGAUGGUCUCAGAGGCCUUGACCAAGGUGCAAGACGACAUGCAGCGCCUGGAUGACUUGGACCUGGAUCUACUGAAACCUGAGUGGGGAGAUCGCGACUCAGUCCGGAUGGCUCGAAAGAGUCUCAUCGGCUUCGGGCAGGUCAUGACGCAGCGCUUAGAGUCCCUGAAGAAUCACCUAGCCCAACCCGUCGCGAAGUUCUCGUCCAUGCUGGGCGAAAAGAAGCAGUUCACCACCUUCUAUGCCUGGGAUUCAGAUGGCAUCGAGGCCACCAAGCCAGGUGAUGCGGUGAAUGGAGGUGAAGAUCCAGAAGAGCGGCUCGAGCGGGAACGCAGCCGCAGCCGAGAUGCCAAAGGGAAAGGUGAAGAACGGAGCGAUGAAAGCGAGAACUCCGAAGAACGAAAGUGGAACAGAGAUACGCCGCACUUUCAAUGGACCAAAGGAAUGAAACUGGGGGCUGCUGGCAGAUAUGUGGUGAAGAAGAAGGUGGGCGAAGGCUCCUUCGGCCGCGUCCUCGCGUGCGUGGAUGAGACCACCAAGCACGCGGUGGCGGUGAAGGUCGUCAAAGGCCGCGACGACCGCGGCGUUGGCGUCGCGGCCGGUGGCUCGCCACGUAAGAACAAGGCCGCUUUCGGUGUCUUCUCACCGAAACGAGGCGUUGCACAAGGCGUUGCAGAAGCGGAACGGCCCAGGUGGCUGCCGCUGGAGGGACCUGGAAAUUCGGCCGUGCCGCCCGAGCGGUGGGCCAUGUCCGCGACGCAGUUCCAUGGCUUCCUGGGUGCGUGUAAGGCGACGCAGGUCUACCAGGCGCUGGUGCAAGAAGAGAAGGUCGACAUGUACAAGAUCUGCGAUUUGUUUGUCAAACCCUGGACCCUGGGCACUGGCAACAGUGUGGCGUUGCUCCUGAACCCUCAGCCACUAGCAGCAGAAGUGAUGAUUUCACAUGCCUGGGCAGAGGAGAUCGAUGAGUGUUCUGAGGCGUUGAUGUUGCACUUCGCACGCUAUACGAUCACGGAGGCCACUGCUUGCUGGUUUUGUGUGUUUUCGAUGUACCAGCCGGGUGACGUCAUCACUAUUCAAGAGCAGCUGGAACUGGAUCCCUUUGGCCGAGUUUUGUCAACAAUGAAUCAGCUGAGCCAACAAGCCUUCGAUGAAGCCAGAGGGAUGGUCGUGAUCCAUACGUCCGCUUCAGAGGUCUACGAACGUUUGUGGUGCGUCUUCGAGAUCGGGAAGGCCACCUUGGACGGUGUUCCAACGAAAGCAGCCUGUUCCUUUGCUUACAUCGUGGCACAAUCAAGCCGAAGCAAGGAAAGCCUGCAAGUCUUCACCGAAAAUGCUCGGUGUUCGGUUCCGGAGGAUGAGGAACGAAUCCGUGAGCUGAUGAUGAGCGACUUCGGUGGCGCUGAGAUGCUCAAUCGGAUGAUUUGGGACUUCCGCCUGGCCAUGAUGCGCCAGAUGGGCUAUGAACUGCGCGACGGCGGGUGGCAUGCCAUUCCGAACACCAGCUUCUACCGCAAAGGGAAGAAUGCCUCCGCCGAGCUGCUUGAGCUGCAGGCAGAGUGCCUGCGAAAGCUGGCGUUAAGUUUUGAUUCGUGA